UGUAAAAAGAUGAGGACGGCGACUCCACAUCUUGUAAGAGGUGAAAAACCGGAUGAAGAAGGGAAGGAGCUCGAAGAGGGUGAAAUUCCAGCGGAACAGGGAUCCGAUUCUGGAAGUGUAAGAACAAGUGAAGGCUCUCAGACAACUAUCUCCACUGUUGGGCAGGGAGAAUCGUCUCCUUCAACGCCAUUAGUCCAUGAGGCUGGACCGAGUUCAACCAACCAAGGAGAUCUGGAGAGAUGUCAAGAGAUUGAUCUGAAGAUUCUUUGCUCUGUAGUAACUCCUUUCCAUAGCAGUUCUUCUUCUUGCCAGCAGAUUGCAGAAAAGGGAUAUGCAUAUGCAACUGGUUGGUCUGCUGGGCCGGCAGGAAGCCUAAACGAGUUGAAUUACAUUGUUCCUGGUGCGUGUGAGCAUUACCAAGAGAGGAGGAAGAACGACCUCACUCAACAAAAGGAAUACAAGAAUGAGGUGAAAAUGAGAAGGGGGUAUCUGAAACAUGUGACUCCUCGCGCCGCCGGUGAGCCGCCGGGGGACGUUGUCUGCAGAAACAGCAAGAAAUUUGACCUGAAUCUUUUGCCUGACAUGGAUGAAGAUCAGGACGAUGAUCAUCAAGGAGAAAUGACAGAGAGUAGCACCACCAACACCACUGCAACCAAACAUCUGUUGCAGACCCCGAACAGGGUGAGCGCCUUCUCCCCCUAUGUUUCUUCCAGCAGGAGCCCCAUGCCUGGCGUUCAGAAGCCAGCCCACUUGGAUUCUCAGAGUUUCAGGUCUUAUCAGCCGGCAAUGGCACCUCCACAUACACAAGCGCCAGGAGCUUCCAGGACACGACCACCACUGCCUCCCGGGUUCGUUCUAUCCAUGAAUGCGGCGCCUUCGGUUUUCAGAAGCAUGGUCGCAGCAGUUGCCCUGCCUCCAGCUAAUAACCAUGGCAGAAAAAGACUGGUUGCAGCAGCAGGGCCUCCUAUAAUUGAGCCGCCAUUUAUGGCCCGACGAAGAGGACCAAGCUUUGUGCAGCCACCUGCUCGCCUCUUUGUGAAUUAUGGUACAGAACAACCGCAGAUAAUGCAAGAGCAGCAGCAGAUGGGAACACCAACUGUGCGACAGCAACGACAACAAACACUACAACUUUUUCCAAAAUCAUCUUAAUUUUCUCCUAGGUUCAUGGAGCUAGCGCCAUUCUUUCAUCAAAGUAACAACAGAGACAGAGAGAGGG